AUGUACAUACCAAAUAUGAAAAAAAUUCAAAUGUUUUUUGGCAGUGGUGGUGAAGACGAAGGAUUAAAUAAUAUAUUGGAAAACAGCCUCCAAUUGAUUAAUAAUGAAAGUUGUAAUCAAAUUACACAAGAUUCAAUGACGGGUUAUGAAGGAAAAGUCUUUGUUAAAAAUCUUUACAAUAAUACACAUAUUUUACCAUCAAUAACGUAUAUUGUAGAAAAUCAAAUUGAAGAACAAGCAAGGGAAGAAAGUAAUGGAGCAUUUGAACCACCGGCUAUUUCGUUAAAAUAUAAUUGCGAAUUAGAAACUUUGAUUCUUCAUAUUAAUUAUGUUAGAGAGAUUGUCAGGUGUGAUUUAGCAGAGAUGGUAAUUCAUACAAAUGCUCCUCAUCAUAAUUUUAUAUGGAAAUUAGAGCUUUCACAAAUUAUGUCAUCAAUUGAAACACUUAAAUCAUCUGCAUUGAUAAACAAUAACAGCAAAGAAUUAGUAGCAUUUAAAAACCCAUUAGGUAAGAAGAUGAUUAUUUAUUUUUAUUUAGAGAAAAUAGAUGACAUGACCCCGUGA